UUGUGCGCAUGCGCGGGGAGGCGAGGAGCCUUCCGUUUAAAGCGGUAGUCGCGGUGUUUCCGCGACUACGAUGGCAGCGCUUCCCCGCCGCGGCCGCGCUGAUCCCGGACUCCGCCGCUCGUCGCCGGAGGCGGCAGCCCCAGCAGCAGCAGCAGCAUCCCCCCCAGGCCUCGCCGAGGCGUCUGGCGACGGCUCCCCUGUGUUUGUGAAGCUGCUGGCGGCUGCGUUUUACGGGCUGAGCUCCUUCGUCAUAGUUGUAGUGAACAAGAGCGUGCUGAGCAGCUACAGGUUUCCAUCAUCAACAUGUGUUGGACUGGGCCAGAUGCUGGCUACAAUUGUAGUCCUGAGGACCGGGAAGAUGUUGGGCGUCAUCUCAUUUCCAGACGUGGAUCUAAGCAUCCCUGGAAAGAUGUUCCCACUGCCUCUGCUGUAUGUCGGGAAUCAGAUAUCAGGGCUGUUUGGCACGCAGCGACUCAACUUACCCAUGUUUACGGUCCUGAGAAGAUUCAGUAUUGUCCUUACCAUGGUGUUUGAGGGAUUCCUGCUUAAGAAGACGUACUCUACGCCUGUUAAGGCGACGGUGUUUGCGAUGAUCCUUGGUGCCUUUGUUGCUGCCAGCACUGACUUAACGUUUGACCUGGAAGGAUACAUCUUCAUAAUGCUGAACAACGUCCUGACUGCGGCUAGCGGGGCUUUCGUGAAGCAGAAGCUCGAUUCCAAGGAGCUGGGCAAAUAUGGGCUUCUGUAUUACAAUGCUCUGAUCAUGAUUUUCCCUACUUUGGCAUACGCUCACUACUCAGGAGACCUGCAGUCGGGCCUGCAAUAUAAGGGCUGGUCAGAUAACCUGUUUGUUGUGCAGUUCCUUCUCUCCUGUGUCAUGGGCUUUAUUUUAAUGUACUCCAUCCUGCUGUGCACACAGUGCAACUCGGCUCUCACUACCUCCAUCAUAGGCUGCAUCAAGAACAUUGUGGUCACGUACAUCGGUAUGGUGUUUGGUGGAGACUACAUAUUCACCUGGACAAACUUCAUAGGUUUGAACAUCAGCAUUGCAGGGAGUCUGGUCUACUCCUACAUCACCUUCACGCAGGAGCAUGCAAAAAAGGCAUAAAUCUGCGCGCUGAGGACUGAUCUCUUCGUGGUGUCUCUUCUGGACGACAGAGAAUGAUCUAUUUUUAAAUAAUAGUUGUAUUAAUGAUGCACAAUUAUGUUUUGCUUUUAUUUUUUACAAGACACUAUCAAGACUCCUGCCUGUAAUAAAGUAAUUUUUUUAUAAAUAA